AUGGCACCUACUGUCACUGUACCCAUGACCUACUAUAUGGAGCAUCUUCCACUGAACAUUAAGGUGCGAAAGCCCUUGGUGGAGAAAUUGCGUAGAGAUCGCAUCAACAACAGCAUUGAACAUCUCAAGACUCUACUGGGUCAGGAGUUCCUGAAGCAGCAUCCAGACUCCAAGCAGGAGAAAGCUGACAUCCUGGAGAUGACUGUCCACUUCCUGAGACAGAAGCAGCAGCAGCAGAAUGCCUCCACCUGCUCCACUGCAGCCAAUGAGGGUUACUCCAGGUGUAUGCAGGAAGCUGUCAACUUCCUGUCCCAGUGUCAUGUGCAGACACAGUCCCAGAGAAGACUGCUGAGCCACUUCCUACACAAGAUGCCUGCAGCGGACAAGAGCACCAGAGUCCAGUCCCGGCCCAGCUCUCCAGUCCGCCACAUCAGCAGCAAAGACAAGACUCCAGGCUGUGCUGCACUCUGGAGGCCCUGGUAGAGCCACAUGGACUCUUACACCAUGCACACCAACAGAAUUUAGAGUGGCAUUCUAUGAAUGACACCAGAAAUUCUACUUCAGUCUUUUGUAUGCAAAAGAAAUAUGAA